AUGCUUCUAAAACUAUCCACGAGCCUCCACUACCCGAUCACCGUCACCGAGCUGUUGAAGCGCCCCGGCGACACCAUCCAACAAGGCGAGGCCAUCUUCGCGUACUACUACCGCACAACAGUGACGGAGGGCGACGGGUUGGGAAACAAGAUUGAUGUCCUCAAGACCUUCCCGACGAGGUUUGAGUCUGUGGUUGAUGGGGAGUUGGUUGACUGGAAGGUUAGGGUUGGUGAGGUUGUUGAGAGGCCAUUCAACUACAACACCGAGGUGCUCGAUUCCUCCCGUGCCCCAAUUCGCAUGAUCCACGACAACUCCUCCCUAACAGUCAGCAAAAGCGAAGCAACGCGAGUAGAAGAAGAUGCGAAACGGCGCCUCCUUUCAUCAAGACGCUUAUCCCUCGUCGUCGACCUCGAUCAGACCAUCAUCCACGCGACCGUGGACCCGACGGUGGCAGAAUGGCAACAGGACCGAGACAACCCGAACCACGAAGCAGUGAAGGACGUGCGUGCUUUCCAGCUCGUGGACGACGGCCCAGGCAUGAAGGGAUGUUGGUAUUACAUUAAGCUGCGACCGGGGCUGCAAGAGUUCCUGCAGGAAAUCUCCGCGCUAUACGAGCUGCAUAUCUACACCAUGGGGACGCGCGCGUAUGCGCAGAAUAUAGCCACCAUCGUGGAUCCGGACAGGAAGAUUUUCGGAGAUAGGAUUCUUAGUCGCGAUGAGAGCGGGAGCUUGACGGCGAAGAAUCUUCAGCGGCUUUUCCCUGUCGAUACGAAGAUGGUUGUUAUCAUUGAUGAUCGGGGGGAUGUGUGGAAGUGGUCUGAUAAUCUGAUUAAGGUGUCGCCGUAUGAUUUCUUUGUCGGGAUUGGGGAUAUCAAUUCUAGCUUCUUGCCGAAGAAGCAGGAUCUUAAGACACCUCCCAAGGGAGGUGCUAAGGUGACGACGAAGGGCACUGCUUCUGCAGCGGGGAGAACGGCGGUUAAUGGGUCGCCAGGGGCAACGGGUACAGAUGGGAAAGCAGACACGGAAGUAUCCGCUUUACAACAACUGGUUACCAUGGGCGGUGGUGAUGAUCCCGAGUUACUCCAGGAACAGGCCAAUGAACAGGAAGAAGCGAUCGCACAUCAAGUUGAAGAACGGCCGCUGCUCCAGAAGCAAAAACAGCUCGACGCGGAGGAUGAAGCGGCCGAAUUGCUAGCUUCCAGCAGCGAAAAUGGCGAUUCAUCCAGUGAGGAAUCGCAUGACUCGUCGCGCCACCGGCAUCACCUGCUAGAAGACAACGAUGGCGAACUAUAUAGACUCCAGGAGCGGCUGAAGGCGGUCCACAAGGCGUUUUUCGACGAAUAUGAUCGGCGACGGACGAAUUCCCUGGGAGGCAGGGUAGCUGCGCUACGAGGUGAACGUGCACCACCGACUAGGGAUAAGGAUAUAGAUCUCCAUAUCGUCCCGGACGUAAAAGUGAUAAUGCCGCAGAUCAAGCGGGUGAUCCUCGACUCCGUCGUCCUUGUAUUCUCCGGCGUCUUACCGCUGGGAACCGACAUGCAGAGCGCGGACAUCUCGAUGUGGGCCAAGAGUUUUGGCGCAACCAUCUCGCACAAGAUUAAUUUGCGGACAACGCAUCUUGUGGCGGGGAGGAAUCGGACGGCGAAAGUAAGGGAGGCGACGAGGUAUCCAAAUGUCAGGAUUGUGACGGUGCAGUGGCUUUUAGAUUCGAUUACGCAGUGGAAGCGGCUGGAUGAGGAGGCGUAUCUUGUCCAUGUCCACCCGGAGGAUAGGGGGGAGCCGAUUGGUGAAGGCGAGGGAAAUUCGUCGUCGUCUGGGUCGAAUAAGGGCUCUGUGUCGAAUUCGAAUGGGAGUUUUGAUGAGGGGUCUUUGCUCUCUUCGUCUGAGGAUGCGGAGGAUGGGGAUGAUGAUGAUGAUGACGACGACGACGAGGAGGGGGAGGCGGAUGGUGGCACGGAUAAUAAUAGCGAAGAUACGGAGAGCGAAGCGCCGAGGAGGGGAUUGAGGAUACGAACGCGUGAUAUCGAUGAAGAGAUUUUGCAGUCAGCUGGUCUAACUGAGCAUUCGCCUAUUGGGUAUGAUGCUGGCGAACGGGGCUGCGAGGGCGAUGACGAUGACGACGAUGGCGACUAUUCUGGGAAUGCUGGUGGUGAUGGCGACGGUGAUGGAGAUGUGGGCGGGAAAGGCGGUGACUCUGAUACGACCGGGAAAUCCACAACUGGAUAUAAUAAUGAUAUGGAGCCUGAAGAUGAGGAGGAUGCGUUGGAGAGGGAGAUGUUGGCUGCUUUUGAAGAUGCGGGUUGGGAAGAGGAAGGGAAGGAGAAGGAAGAAAGAAGGUUGGAUGUUGAGGAGUAG